AUGAAUUUGAAGGAUCUUGUUCCUGAAGAACGUAUGAAAAUCGCUGCUCUUUUAGCAGAGAAAAAGAGUACAAAUGAGAAUUCAUGGAUGUAUGAGAAACCGAAAGAUGAUCCUGAAGUUUUUUUGUUGGGGAAACAAGUUCAAAGCUUAAACCAAAUUCAGGAAAUUGGUAAAGAAUAUGACGAAUCACCUGCUCAACGACUUGCUAGAUUUGAUAUGGAAGCCAAAUUUCGUGAAGAUCCCCUGACAAUUAUGAAGCAAAGAGAAGCGGAAAAACGAAUAGAACUGCUUCAGAAUACAGCUAAAGUUAGGAAACUUCGAAGACUUCUAACAGAGCAAAAAUUGCGUAAGGAAAAACGUAAAAGUAGAAAACAUUUAAAACAAAAACGUCUGCAUAAAAGUUCAGAUGAAUCAGAGGGAGGUAGUUCAGAUGAUGAAUUACUGAAUAAGUUCAUUGAAAUUAUUCAUCAAUCUAAUGAACUAAAAGAGGAUAGCUCACAGAAAUCUAUGGAUAAAUGUAGUAAAGAAUCAUCUAGUACUGUUAAAAAACAACUUUCAAAUUCUUGUGAUCAGGAACAUGCACUUUCAGACCAAAAGUGUUCAAAUGUGAACAGAAAACAUCAUUCAGAACGUAAUCAAUCAAUUUCAUCCUGUUCAGAAAGAUCUAAUUAUCACAAAUCAUCAUCGAAUCGACGAAAGUUAUCCAAAGAAGAAAUCGAAGCUAAGCGAGCCCAGAUGAUUUCUGAUGCAAAAGAACAUGAAAAAGAACGUUUACAUCGUUCCACUACUCACUAUAAGAUAAAAAAGAAUGAAGAGGAAAGGGAAUUAGCCUCGAAAUUUUCUCAUGGACCAUCAUUCAUUAGUCAUUUAAAAAACCAACACGUUGACAGGACUACUUUAGAAGAAGGUAUUCAUCGUAAAGCUAGUAAUCGUCAGAAAGGGGAGCUUCAUGAUAAUUUUAUCAAACGUUAG